CAAACAUCAGCCACGUGGUACAUGUAUUUUUGGCGAGUCCAGUCAGGAGUUAUCUAGGUCAAUCAUUCCAGCACGGCCUAAAACCGGGGUGCAAAUCCUCAGCGUAUUUCUGAUUGGGCUGACUCACGACACGCUUAUGUAAAGUGAAGUGAAACUAAAAAGGAACCGCACCAUGAAAAUCGUUCAUAAGAUCAUAACCUGGAUAACCGACUGCCCACAAGUAGAUGUGUAAACGCUGAAGAAUUAAGCAUGGAGAGCUUAUACAUGAAUACAGACGGUUGCGACAGCCCCAUUGAAGGGAAAGUAACAGGCACAAUUCCCAGCUGGUUAAAUGGCAGCUUGUACCGUAACGGCCCAGGGAAAUUCAGCAUCGGUGAUUCGAGCUACAAACAUUGGUUCGAUGGACUGGCUCUGCUUCAUUGUUUUCGUAUCAAACUGGGCAGGGUGACGUACUGCAGUAAAUUUGUAAAGAGUGAAACAUUCAAGAGGAACAUGGCAGCAAACAGAAUAGUUGUGCACGAGUUUGGCACCACCGCAUACCCAGAUCCAUGUAAAAAUAUUUUUCAAAGAAUGUUUGCAUGGUUUGUACCUGAGUCUCUGACUGAUAACACACUCGUGACUGUUACGCCCCGUCAGGACUUCAUCUACACGGCGACUGAGACUAACGCCCUCCACAAAAUUGACCCGCUCACUUUGGACACCCUUGAGAAGGUAAAUAUCAGUAAACUUGUGGCAGUAAACAUGGCAACGGCCCACUAUCACCAUGACAACGAUGGCACUCUCCAUAACAUAGGUGUUAUGUUCCAAGGUCGCCCAAAAACCAGCAUCUUUAAAGUUCCACCUCCCUCAGAUGGUAAAGAACUGUUUGAAGGUGCAGAGAUAGUGGGUUCCAGCUACUCGCGCUGGCCAUUCCAUCUCUGCUACAUGCACAGUUUUGGCAUGUCAGAGAAUUAUUAUGUGUACGUCGAGCAGCCCCUCUGUCUCAAUGUUUCGAACAUGGUGCUCUCCAAAUUUACCCAGACAUCGUUUUGUGAAUGGCUGCAGUGGUACGGAAACGAAAAGGCAGCCUUUCGUGUCAUGGACAAGAAAACUGGUCAGAUAGUCAACCCAAAGAUGCCAUACAUGGCUGGUGCAUUCUUCAUGUUUCACCACAUCAACACAUAUGAAGACAAUGGAUUCCUGGUGGUGGACGUCUGUGGUUAUGAUAACGCAGACGUUGUUAACGAUCACUAUCUGAAGAAUCUUAGAACGGAAGUCAGAGAUCCCAUCAGUGCAGGGAAAGCCAGACGCUACAACCUACCGCUUAAUGCAAAACCUCAAGAUGAAGUCGGUACAAGUUACAUGCUUGAGAACAGUUUGGCCAAAGCUGAGAAGAAAGAGAACAGCAUUCUCUGUCAGCAUGAGGAGCUUUGCAGUGAAGCUAUUGAGUUGCCCCAAAUCAACUAUAAAAACUAUAAUGGCAGGAAGUAUCGCUAUGCUUAUGGUGCAGGUGGAGAUUACUUAAAUCAGCUGGUGAAGGUUGAUGUAAAGCAGAAGAGCUGUAAGGUGUGGAAAGAUGGCAAUCUCUACACCUCAGAGCCAGUGUUUGUUCCCACCCCAGGAGCUAACAGAGAGGAUGAUGGUGUUCUGCUGGCCGUUCUGUACGAGGUGGCAGAGCCAAGCAAUAAGACACAUCUUCUGGUCCUGAAUGCGGAGUCGAUGGAGGAAAUUGGGCGUGUCCAGUUUGAUGUUCAUGUCCCUCGAGACAUUCACGGGGUGUUCAUCAAUGAUAAACCUUCAGACUGAGCUAGUCAAGAAAGAAAAUAAUUUCCAAAAUAAAUGUACAUCUCUAGCCAGAACCAAAGAAGGUGAAACUGCAUUUAGAAAUUCUAGAGUUUUAUUCAAUGUCGCUUGUAACAUUACCAUAAAAUAAAAUGAAUUAUUUGUUAAACAUGCACAAUUGGAAGCAAUGAUAACAAGUACUGUAUUUCACCGGAAGUUAAGGUGUUGUCAGAUGCCCCAUUUUGCUCCAGUUUGAUUGGUUCAUCCAUCUUACAGCACCACUUAAUAUUUUCCUUUUUGUGAAGUUUGAUUAAUUUUUUAUUGGAAAAACUCAAGUGUUGGCAUGAGAAGCACCAUUUUAAAGCCUCUAUGUCAUUCUGAAAGCGCAUUUUAGAAGCUUUUAGAACUUUAAGUGAAAUAUAGUAUCGCCCUUGAUGGGAUAUGUGUGAUGAACUUGGUUACCAUUCUGUCCAACUGAUUUAGCAACAUUUUUGUGAGGUAAGAAGAACUUUUUUUUAAAUAAAUAACAUCACAUUGCAUGUGCUAUCUGCAUGUUUGCUACCUUCAAUUUGAUCAGCUUAUUCCCUAUAUUAUUACAGUUUUGCUUUAGAUUAGUUUGCCCUGAAAAUCUUUUCAGUUUCAAGUAAAAUAGUUUUUCAAUUUUGAGUGUAUAUCAGGAAUGGGUAUUGUUUGUUCACGCUACUUUUUUAUAUAGAUUCACAAAAUUACAAGAUUUUUGUGUAGUUGGGCCUAGAGAAGCCUUGGAAUUAAGAACCAGCUUUGCACACGGACUGGGGACUAUUCUCUAAAUUGACCUAUGGACCCCACCUGAGGUACAUGUAUGUGCAGGCCUAUAUAGUUAGCUAGACGUUCCUUAGAGAAGUUUCUUUCUAAUGUCUUUGAAAUUGCAGGAUUCACUUCUGUGUAUAUGUGAAGUAUCAGCUCAUUUAUAGUUUACUUUAUAUAUUUAUUACAAAUAGCCUGGAAAGUGUGUAUUUUGGGCCUGGGAAAAGCCUGGAAAUUGGAAAUCAGUGUACGAAACCUUAAUGUAACCGAACAGCUAAAUUAUUCAGUGGAUACUUUUACCAAGAUGCUUGGCUAGUGUCAUUCUUGUCAAACCUUUCUGUUGUUAUGUAAUCAGCUUUCAGUAUAUACUUUGUAGUACUAUGUGCAUGUUUUUUUUUUGUUCAUAAUCUGGAUUACUUAAGCAUUAUGGCAUGUCACUUUACAAUGGAUUUGCAUGGACGAUGGUUGUACCUGGUGCGUAUUAUUCAUUUCAGUGCUGAUAUAUUGUAUAAACUAAAAAGGAUACAAAAACAGAAUGGAGUUUAAUGUGGUCUUCAUAGCUAGAUCAGAUUUAUAGUAGGGAAAACAUGGCUUAAACGCCUUGAAAACACAUAAUGUAGAUGUUGUUAAAACUUAAUUACGUUAUUCAAGCGAAACGAACUAUGGAGACAAACAUAACAAUUGUGAGUGGUAAAAAUGUAUCCUGGU